GUAAAUCGUCACAAAACUACAACAUGUCCGUCGCCCGACCCCCCCCUGCACACAGCCAGGCGGGGGAGAAAGACCCGCUGCCUCGUGUGGAUUACCUGCGCAUCAAGGACAUUGCGAGACCAAGUGUAGACGAUACUGAUGCCGAUAACGAGAUACGACUUGCCACGUCUGGCGCAGCUUCCAGCAGCCCUACAGCUGCGGAAACACAACAACAGCAGCGGGAGGAGCAUCGGCAGGGAACAAACCUCACAACUUCUCCGCGACCUUUGUUCAACAGCCCUGAUUACGUUUCCUGCGUGAGCCUGGGAGGUAAAGCCUUCGUCGCGGUCGGUCGCGCUUCGGGGCAUGUGCAGCUGUUUGAAGACACGUCGCUCAUUCCGGGCGCAAGUCCGGUGGUUUUGGAGCGGGAUAAAAAUAUUACACCGACAAUCACCAGUAAUGCAGCUGCUGUUCCCACCUCCACUACUACAACAGCCGCAUCUACUUCGCAAACUUCCCAGCGCACGAGCAAAAACGUGAAGCACUUGCUAACCCACUCCCGGUUUCGCAUGCUCUGGGAGCACCAAGUUUUUUUCCCAACGGUUGGGAGUGCUGGGGUCGUCGGGAGUGGUGGUGACCUGGCAGGCAAUGUAGUGCUUGCGCAGGACGAGGAUCAAGUAGAGCGCCAGACAAGGCUGGGCACUGCUAACCUGGAGUCGUCUUCCACGCCUCCAGCUGAUCAUGUGCUGCAAGACGUCCCAAAUAAGAACCAGCAGCAGGGCGUAUCCUAUGUAAAAACGUCCCCACCCCAUAGUCAAGAUCGGGACUCGGCUAGACAAAUCCACAAGUUUUGGCCGUUUUGCAUGACAAAUUUGGGCUCGUAGUGUAGUGCUGUUUGAGCUAGCUCAGCAGCAUCACAGAUCUACUAUAUCAUGCCGAUUGGAGCAUGACAAAUUCCAGAACACACCUGGAAAAUGCUUCUCAUGUGGCUCCGCAUGAGAAACAUUUUCAGCAUGCAGAUUUGCAUGACAACUCUGGGGUGGGGACGUUUUUACACAGGAUAGGGCGCUUAUAACGCCGAAACCGCGUCCCAGCAGAGUUCCAGUUCCUCGCAAAACCAAACGCCGGUGCUAUCCUGAGUAAAAACGUACCCACACCAGAGUCAGGAUGGAGAUUUUGCAACACAAACCUAGGAGUUUUGUGAGUCACGCAUGACAAGUUUCAGUCCGUAAGGUAGUGCAAGUUAGCAAGGAAAGCCGCGUCACAAAUCGACCUGCUGAUCCUGUUUACAGCAUCACAAAUUCCAAAACACGAUUGGAAAUGCCUCUCAUGGGGUUGCGCAUCACAAAUGUUCCUGUCAUGGCAAAUCUGCAUGACAACUCUGGGGUGGGUACGUUUUUACUCAGGAUAGGUGCCGUCCGACUUCGUGGAUUCGAUUUGGAAAACCACAACCGCGUCGGAGCAAGGGGUCGGGAUAAAUACUACAGGGACAUCAAUUGUUUCUAUUGCACGUGGACACCACAUUAUAUCAGCACAAGGGGAAGUACUCUCGCAGCACGACGCGGCCUCUACUGCUGCGAGCGUCGUGUCCGCGUCAACCGCCUCGUCUCCGCGUGGCGGUCUAGUAGGGUCGGUGACAGGAACUACAGGGGAACUAGUACACGAAGGAGCUGCUGUCUAUGGUGAUGCUUCUUCAUCUCCCGCGGCGGGGGCGUCACCGGUGCUGGACAGCAACAUGCAUCAGAAUAAAGGUGAUCACAACCAUAAUAUCAAAACCAUAACGAUAACCACCCCUUCUACGACGACGAGCUCAUCCUCCCUUUCUCGAAGGAUCCUGGAGCAGGAGGUUUCCUGCCUCUCCGUGAACCACAAGUUUCUGAUUGUCGCCGGGCUGUACGAGUGCAUCGUUUUGAACGUGGAGCAACCCUCGAUUCAGCUCUGGAAAAUUGACGUGAUUGGGCUGUGCCUCUCCUGCGCCGCCGACCCGAUGAUUGACCGGGCUUUUCCCAGGUUUGUUUUGACCACCGGAACCAAAUCGAAAGUCGAGGUUUUGCUGUGCAAGAAACACUCCGUGCGGAAUCCGACGGUGGAGGUGUUGGAUACGAUCUACAGUAAGAUGAACAAAAAGCAUAAUAUGAUCAAUGUGGACAAUCCAAAACCAAAUUCAACCCCCGCCCGACAUAAUUCGUUCGACCAAGAAACCACCAAAACGGUGUUCAAUAGCUACGCACGGCAAAGCAGUUGCAAGUGGGGCCAACUGCAGAUCGCGGCCUGGACCACGGAGAAGGGCGUGAAACUGCUGGAUCCUGUGCAAAAGUAUCGUACUCGUAUUGCAAUCAUGCAUUGCAAAUUUUUUUCUUGAGGUAAAUCAGCACUACAAAUUUACUUUCUCAUGCUGAGGAUAUAAUUUGUAAUGCGUUUAAUAUUACACGAGUACGAUGCUUUUGCAUUGCAUAUGCUGCACACGAAGACCAUGCAGAAGAUCGCGUUUAUCCCAUUGACAGGAGGAGCAGGAGCAGGACCAGUUCCGGGGGGAACAAGCUCUUCAUCUACACAACAGGUCCCAACAGGAGCACCUCCACCAUCAACCCCCCCGCCCACCGUGCUCCUCUGGCUGGAUUUCGGGUGGACUUUGUGCAUUGGCGAAAAUUUGGAGUUGAAAGUGGCGAAAAUCCGCGAACAGAACCCGCAUCUUAUUACAAUGAAAAAUGCCCCCAUCCCCGAACUUGAGAGCAUUUGUAUUGCAAACCUUUCCAGGUGAAACAUGCGCCCUCUUGCAUCCAGCUGCAUCACAGAUUCCCAAUCGUGAAUAGCGAACAUUUGUAUUGCAAAAGAUCCCAGCAAGAGCGGCGCUUGUCAUGCAAGCAAUGCUAUAUGCGCCUAGACUCUGCAUCACAAAGAUUCGUAUUCCUUUCAUGCAUGACAAAAAGUUUUCAUUUGGAAACUUCGCAUCACAAAUGCUUGCAACUCUGGGGGUCGGGGCAUUUUUCACUGUAAUACAUCUGAACGGGCAGAACGGGUCGUCGUCCGGGGGAGCGGUGAGCUACUUCUGCGAGGUGGUUGUGAACAUGAGUCUGACGGCGAAUUAUUUGGCACAGUGUGUGAUGUCCUCUUCAGUGUUGUCCUCUCCGUCGUUGCCUUUCUACUCUAGCAAGAUCGUCGGGCUGGCGCCGGAUCCGCGGGUCCGGAGCGAUUUGCUGGUUUUGACGGCGGAUGAAGUCGUUUACGGAGUCGGUUCUAGUACCAGAAAAACAGAUGUAGAGGACCCGCAAUUCAAAGACACGAGGACAACAACUGCGCUUCUGCCCCCACCGUGGCAGCGGCCUUGCGUCAAGAUUCUGGGCGACUCCACUGGUGCCGUGAGGGGUGGUCCACCACCUCGUGCCGAGACGAAUGGCGCGGAGGCGGACCGUGGAGUGUUUCCUGCAAGCUCGAUGGAAGUGGAAGAAAGCAGCAGCAGUCCCUUUUCAUCUUCACGAGGACGCCAAGUCGUGCAUAAGCCAGCAGUUUCGGCGACGCGAUCAUCGCAAAAAGCAGCAGCAGGAGCUGGAACAACACUCGUCGAGGACUGCUCCCCGCUGUUUAUAAUCCAGGAGCAUCAAGUCAACCAUCAUUUAGUAAGCCUGCGAACGCGGAGUAUCUUGCACACCGAUAAGCUGUUCUGCAAGGAGAGACACAGCGACGCCGAGUUAAGGUCAAGGGAAAUGAUGUUGCAGCAGAACAACUACCUCGCGAAAAAAUACUCUGCUGGGAGCACGAGCCACCACGUGAAUGUGCUGUAUUGCGUGAACGAAUCCGAGCAGGUGUUUGAUGGAACGAUGAACGACCAGACGGGAGCAGCUGCUGCGAAUAUAAUUCACCACGACGCACCGGAAUCACAUCUGCAGGAGUUUUCCUGCGGCGUGAUUUUUGUGACCGACACAGAAGCUGCAGAUCUGGUGACAACUCUUGGUGGUUUAUCAUCGAAAAGAACAUCAACUGCUUUUGAAACGACGAGCAGAACAAGCGGGACUGACAUCAUCCGGGUGCAUCGCCGGGACGUACUCGAAGACGCGCUUUUCUUGUGCGAAAAAGCGCAGAACCGAUACGAGGAAGCGAUCUUGCUGCUCGCGAAGGAAUCUCACCCGAGCCUGUCCCGCGUUCUAAUCCAGGCGGUGAAGCAGGUCCUCGCCGGGUGCGGCACCAACGAAAACGAAGAACGGGCGCAGCAGCUGGUCAUGUUGUGCACCACGACGUCGAAUCUGAAUCAGGCAGUGAAUACAAAUCUUGAAGAGGAAGCAGAAUCUUCAACCGCGCAAAACAUUUACGAGGAGGCCGCUAGUGCGGAGGAGAAUUGGGAGCAAGCCAUUACGGAAAUUUUCCUCGAGCGAAACUGCAUCCACCGCGUUGCAGCCUUGAUCAAUCCAGAGAAGCUGGACCGGGUCAUGUGCGACAUGGUGUUACAAAGACUGAUUUCCUACCCGAAGGCCCUGCUGGAGGUGCUCUCUACCUGGGGAUUGACGGUUAAGUCCAACGGCGCGUCAAAAGUCGGUGUUGCAAGCGGUCCGAAUGGCGCAGAAAAUGUUGAGCAAGUGGACGAGCUUUAUUCUACCGACUUGCUGCAGCUAUUACUGCAGAACCAGUUAGAGCAGCACGGCAGUGCUAGUUUAUUACGGCAUAAGCAGCAGAAGCAGCCGGACCAGAGCGGUCGUGGGAACAAAACAGGAGCACAUGACAAGACUCAAAGUACUACAGUUUCUGGUACUACAGCUGCAACAUCAACAAGCGACAACAUUUUCUCACAGCACUUCACGCAGGUGACCGCGGAGUGUUUGGCGCUGCUUUACGAGAAGAAACAGCAGUUUCAACCCGCCCUGGAGGUUCUGUUGCAGUACCAGGCCGUCACCGGGGUGUUCUCGCUACUCCGGCGGCUGACCAAAGGCGGGUCAACAACAUCUGCUGGUGUCGUGGAUGGCGCGGCGAGGGCGUGGUCUACAACAACAACCACUUCUCUGUGUACCCGAUUUGUGUUCGAGAAUCUGCGAGCGCUGCUGACGCUCGACGCGGACUUGUGCGUCGGGUUUCUCGUGGACAGUGCCGCUUGUUUAUUCCCGGUGGUAGACACCGUGGAGAGGUUGAGGAGGCUGGUGGAGGACGCCAAGACAGUAGAUGAAACUGGGAGCAGCAGACGCGGUGGAAUUCUACAUCAGGAAGAAAAACACGGAUUCAACCAAUUCUUACUGCGGUAUUUCAACCAGAUGCGGGUCAUAUGAACUGCAAAAGUUUCGUACUCGUAGUAAUUGCAGUCAUGCAUUACGCAUCUUUUUCUUGAGGUGAAUCCGCAUUACAAAUUUUAUUUCUAAUGCUGAGGAAAUUUGUAAUGCUAAUGCAUCUAUACGAGUUCGAGUGCGAUGCUUUUGCAUUCCAUAGGUCAAGGACUUCGCGGCCAUUCGCGAAUACCACGACGAACACUUUCGGUUGCUAGUCGCCGACGCGAGUGUAAGCCGGAAAAAACAACUGGCAAUAAGGGAGAAGAAAAUUGAAAUUGCCGAGGAUGAAAAUCGCCCCCCUUCGCGGAAAAUAGAGGAAGACAGCAAAAUAAGCAUCGGGCAGGAUCAUGAUGUUGUCGUUUCCAGUGGUAGCGUGGCGGCGUUUAAGAAUGCGAAUAAUGAAUUGCCAGAGAAGGGAACAAUUGGCGAGCAACAAGUAGCUGUUACGCAUAAUUCUGUUCCUGAGCCCGUCCGUGGCUCGCGCAACGCAGCGAAUACGAGCGAUAGAAGCAGGAAAAGAAGUAGCAAAAAUGCUAUUCCUGAAGACUACGAGGAGGAUCCAAGUUCGGAGGCAAUUCUGGAUUUCUUGCAGGAUCACCAGACCAAUUUGACCUACAUUGAGCACGCCAUCGGGCUGUGCAAGGAACACGAGCUCUACGACGCGUUGGUAUUUUUGUUGUCCAAAGCGGGGCUCGCAAAAGAGGCCGUGAAGAUCUUUUUGCGGAAUCUACAGGACGUCGAAAAAGCAAUUCUGUUCGUGUCCACGCGGGAACAAUCGGAAGCAGCCGAGUUGUGGGAGUAUGCAUUGCAAAUAUAUAUGGGUGGUCGGGAUGGAUUCGAAUUUGUGAUGCAAAUUCUACAUCAUGACAACAUCUGUCAUGCAUGGUCACCAAAAGGUCCCAUUUCCUGUUGAAGAAAGGGGGCAUUUGGCAAGCGGAUUAGGCAUUGGGAUACCUGCUCGGAAUUUGUGAUCCUAGGGCUUGCAUGCCAGACGUUCUGGGCUAGGCGGAACUGCAUCACAAAUGUCUGCGCUCUUCCAGACCCAGACAUAUUUGAAUUCGAUAGGGAAGAGCUGGUCCAGGAGUUUUGUUUCCUGUUGGAAAGGACGGAAACAACCGCUGCGAAGGCCGACGGCACCAGUUCGGCGCGACGCGUCGCGCAGGACAGGAACAAAUUUCUGAACGAUUUCUUUCGCGCCCUGGAUCCCUCCAUGACGCAGUACCUGCAGCCCAGCUCGGUGUUGCGAAAGAUCAAGUGCGACGCCUCGGGGGGCAGUCACGGUAGCGACGAUAAGGGAGAAAACCUCAACGUUGGGGAAGUACUUUUUGGGGGGAAUAGCAGUGAAGAAGACCAACAGCCUUUUCAACAUAGUCACUCCGAGGGUCGUUCUGGCAGUGAGGGUGACGAGCCGCAACUCUCCGCAACUUUUUCGAAGAAGCUGCAGGAAUUCCAGGAUUACCAAAAACUGUUUCAGGACUGUAUCACCUGCUCAAGUGUAGUUACAAUCUCAACAGCUGUUCCAAUAGAAUCUGGAUUUUGAUGUCUUGCGUGAGCAGCAUGACAGACACACAGGGGUUCCGCUUUUUGCAAUACAAGUUUCGCCGGACGAUUCCCAUGCGGUUUGCGACUCGAGAACUUGUCAUGUGUAGAAGUCCUGUGAGAGGCGGCCAGAUCAUUCAGUCUUUGCCUCACAAGUCUCCAUUUGUAUUCGUAACAUGAGAUCGUACGCACAUGAGCAAGUCAUAAACUGCAACAGCCUGGCCGAAAAGGAGUGCCGGGCGUUGACCUAUGAGCGGCAGUUAUCGCAAGAAAAAGCUUUUUCACUGUAAACUUGUGAUGCAUAGAACGGAACGCAAAUGUGUUUGUCGUGCUACACAUGCAAGACAUUGGAUUUUCAGCUGUGUUUUCCUUUAGGAAGCACGCAUGCCAAGUUUUCUUUGUCAUGUGUAACAAACUUGUUAUGCAGAUCUUGCAAAAUCAUCACAGUGAAACGGUUUUUUCGUGCGAUAGCAGUGGGGACAACGGCUCGGGCUGACAGUGGAUCCGCGAGAGUAUCAGCGGGAACUGAAAAAAAUGCUGUGUAAUGUUGUCACUGGGGCAAUCAAUUAAGUGUUUUGCUCUCGCGGUGUAGCAUUCACGAAAGAAUAGAUGAAAAUGAAAAUAAGGCGAAUAAAGAAUGAAGGAAGCAUGUAUUAGCUCUUGUCAAAGUUUGUUGCAUAUAGAAAGAGACCACAGUCUAAAUCUAUCAGCACGGGAUGUCAACAACUAGCACGUCGGCAGACGCAGGUCUGCUUGAGGGCACCACAGUACACCACAGUGUUUUUUGAAAUGCAUACCCGGAUGGACGUGGGCAAUUUGGAGAACGCUUUGUCGCAGAGCAGGGCCUCGGCAUCGUCAUCGAAUCGAGGUUCUGGGGGCGGUUUCGGAAUGAUGAAAAACACGACCAUGAAGAUCACUUCCAACAGUACCAUGAAACCCAGCGGAGCAGCUGGUGGGCGCUUGGCCGCGCAUAAUCAUGCAGGCAUGAGCAUGACAAGAAAUCAUGCAGGGAGUGCGCUGGUGCAGCCAGAGCGCCCAGAAGGACAAAACCCCGCACCACUCCAAAGUUCAGCGUCGCUGCUAGAUCCUGCGUUUCAGCAGCAGAGACUUUUGAGUAAUAGGGCGAAAAUUGUUAUGUCGAAAGCUAAUGAGAAUUCAAAUUCAACAUCUUCUGUUUACACCGCAGUAAGGCCCACUGCCACGCUCACCAUUCAAUAUUUAGGCAGAGGCGACUGA